GCUACAAAAUCCCUGUAAUUGAAAACUUGGGGGCAACUCUGGACCAGUUUGAUGCCAUUGACUUCUCUGACAAUGAGAUCCGCAAGCUGGACGGGUUCCCUCUGCUGCGGAGGCUGAAAACGCUGCUGAUGAACAACAACAGGAUCUGUCGGAUUGGUGAAAACCUGGAACAGGCUCUGCCCAGCCUCACAGAGCUCAUCCUCACCAACAACAACAUUGCUGAACUGGGUGAACUGGAUCCUUUAGCAACUAUUAAAUCAUUGACCUACCUGAGUGUUUUAAGGAAUCCUGUAACAAAUAAGAAGCAUUACAGAUUGUAUCUAAUCCAUAAAGUUCCCCAGGUCAGAGUGCUGGAUUUUCAAAAAGUGAAGCUCAAGGAGCGACAGGAGGCAGAGAAAAUGUUCAAGGGCAAACGGGGUGCACAGCUUGCAAAGGAUAUUGCCAGGAGAGCAAAAACCUUCAACCCAGGGGCUGGGCUGCCAACUGACAAAAAGAAAACUGGGCCCUCCCCAGGCGAUGUGGAGGCAAUUAAGACUGCCAUAGCGAACGCCACGACUUUGGCUGAAGUGGAGCGACUGAAGGGCUUGCUGCAGGCUGGUCAGAUUCCUGGCAGAGAAAGAAAAUCAGGCCCAUCAGAGGACGGCGAAGAAGAGAUGGAAGAGGACACGGUGCCCAACGGAUCGUAGGCUGUGCCGUGCCGUGUCCGGUGCUCCCCAGGAUCCCUCUCCUGCCCUGCCACGUUCUCCCUGCCGGCGCUCAGUGCCCCCUGUCCCCUGUCCUCGCGCAUUUCGGCGUUCAAUAAACGAACGAUCUCUUUUUC